AACACCGAGAAAAGCCACCCUCGAUAACCAGCGCCGAACUCAACCCCCGAAGACGGCCGACCGGCGUCCAAGCGACGAUUUCGAUGAACGUUGCCUCGCUCUGAUCACCGUCGCAUCGGGACACGUUAACAGUUUAUAACCUUGCGGGUGUGGAUUAGGACUUGUGCAGUGAAGGUGUGUGAUUAUCCGCGUGGUUGUGCUUCGUCUUCCUCCGACGAAAUGUGCAGCAACGAGAGUCCGCCGCCGACGAAGGAGCCCCUCGCCGUUGGUCUCGGGGUCGGCAACCCCAUGGCGGGCUUUCUCCCCGGGUUCGAACACUACCGGCUUCAAUACUACUACGCGAUGGCCGAGCGACUGCGUCUGGCCCAGCAGCUUCACCCCCAGCAUCCGGGCGUCGGGCAUCCUUCGGCCGGCGGUCCGUCGGCUCACCUGGGAAUGACGGCGGGCUUUCCCGCGCCUCUGCCGCUCUAUCCAGCCGCCGGGUACCCGAGCAGGCUCGCCUUGUCGAUGGCCCUGCUGCACCCCCAUCACCAGCGGAUCCCCGAGGAGCCGAAGCCCCAGCACAGCUACAUCGGGUUGAUCGCCAUGGCGAUCCUCUCCUCGCCCGACAAGAAGCUCGUCCUCUCGGACAUCUAUCAACACAUCCUCGAGCACUAUCCUUACUUCAGGACGCGGGGACCGGGAUGGAGGAACUCGAUACGGCACAACCUCUCGUUGAACGACUGCUUCGUAAAGUCCGGAAGGAGCGCCAACGGCAAGGGUCACUACUGGGCCAUCCACCCCGCCAACCUCGAGGAUUUUCGUCGCGGCGACUUCCGGAGGCGCAAGGCCCAGCGCAAGGUACGCAGGCACAUGGGCCUUGCCGUCGACGAGGAACCCGACAGUCCCAGUCCGCCUCCGCUGCCGGCAACGCCGCCGCCCCCGGCGCUGGGACCGCCGGUGGUAACUGCCCAGGCGAUUUCCGGGAUGUGGACGCCGCAUCAUCACUUCCACGGACAGUCGAUGCAGGCCUCGCAACCCUCGAGGAAGCGCCAGUUCGACGUCGCCUCGCUCCUCGCCCCCGACGAUCAGAUCGACGUUCUCAGACCAGCGAAGACUCGACGGUUCAGCUGCAGCGAGGACGAGCACGAGCUUCAGGAACCGGAACAGGAAAUCGACCACGACGAAGAGGACGUGGACGUCGACGGCGUUCCCGAACCCAACGUCCUGCCGCCCAGCCCGCCAUCGAGCAGCCCCGUUUCCAAAGCAUCGCCGACGAAUCUCUGCUGGACCAGUCCUGGACAGACUGCUUCGCCGCCUUUCUCCGCCAUUCAUCUUCACAAUCAUUUGCACGUUAGGAAUUAUUACACGCCGACUAAUCCCGGUUCGGGUUCGAGUAUUUAAACGAUCGUAGAUGUUCGGAGAUGUCGUUUAUUUAUUAUUAUUUUUUUUUUUCUUCUCCUCUCUUUCCUCUUUCUUUGCGGUAUUGUUGCCGUGGAAAUGCACUCGUGCAGCGUAUCGUCAGACGAUAUAUUUAUAAAAUAUUAUUCAAAAAAUGUAUAGAUACACGGUUAUAUACACGAUGUAAAUAUUAGAAGGCGGUAUAUAAUGAUACGUGUUACGUGAGACUGACGCGAUCUUGACUGUUUAAAAUGUUACAUAUAUAUAGAUAAAAUGUACGGAGAUAAGAAUUUUAGA